CAUGCUCAUUUUUACGGCUGUUAAUUUAGCCGGAAUUUUCACUCAUUAUCCUACUGAAGUAGCCCAAAGGCAGGCUUUCCUUGAAACCAGAAAAUGCAUCGAAACUCGUCUCAAAGUUCAACAAGAAAAUCAACAGCAAGAAGGGUUACUUUUAUCGGUUCUUCCUAGACAUGUCGCUAUGGAAAUGAAGGCUGAUAUCGCCGGAAAGCCAAAGGAUUCAAUGUUUCACAAAAUUUAUAUACAAAGGCACGACAAAGUCAGCAUAUUGUUUGCCGAUAUUUGCGGUUUCACUGCACUCUCUUCACAAUGUACAGCGCAAGAACUGGUUAAAAUGUUGAACGAACUAUUCGCUCGUUUCGAUAAGCUAGCUAUGGAAAAUCACUGCCUGAGGAUAAAAAUAUUGGGCGAUUGCUAUUAUUGCGUAAGCGGAUUACCAGAAGCAAGACUGAAUCACGCUCAUUGUUGUGUAGAGAUGGGAUUGGAUAUGAUCGAUGCGAUAGCAAUGGUAAGAGAUUUAACGGGCGUUGAAGAACUUAAUAUGAGAGUAGGGGUUCAUACUGGAAGAGUUCACUGCGGAGUUUUAGGUUUGAGAAAAUGGCAAUUCGACGUUUGGUCAAACGACGUUACUUUAGCCAAUUAUAUGGAGGCUGGAGGUGUCCCAGGGAGGGUUCACGUUACGCAAGAGGUUGCUAAUCUACUUGAAUCUGAUUACGAAAUGGAGCCUGGAAACGGAACCGAUCGACACGAAUACUUGAAAUUAAAUAACAUUAAAACUUUUCUUAUCAGAAGUGAAGUAACGAGGGUCAGUGCAGCUGCAGGAACUGGACGUCGAAUGGGUGCCAACGACGAUCCUCAGUCUACUAUACAUCAUAAACUGGGUUUGGGCAAGGAUGAAGGGAUCAAGGGAACGGAAGAUGAAGUAAAUGAGUAUUUGAGUAGAGCUAUCGACGCUCGUAGUAUUGAUCGACUUCGAUCAGAAUAUGUCAAAUUACUGCUGCUUACUUUUAAAGACAAGCAGCUGGAGAGAAAGUUUACUAUCGACUAUAAAUCAAAUUUACGUAAAUGCUUGGCUGAAAAGUUUGGAAUAUCACUAGAUUCUGUAAAUAUAUCUCAUAUAAAGUGGGCUGGUAUAAGUAUGAAUGACGAAGCGAAUAUUUGUACAGCUGGUUCAACGUCCUAUUUUCCAGAGUAUAUCGCCCUUUGUGUAGCUGUUUCGAUGAUAUCAAGUGCAGUUUUCUUGAAAGCAAGUACAACUUUAAAGCUAAUACUACUAAUCGUAAUAUCUGCCGUUUACAUUUCCGUUACUCAGGUAGAAAGUACGGCCAGAAUAGACUUCCUCUGGAAGUUACAGGCUCACGAAGAAAAGGAGGAAAUGGAAAGUUUGAGAGACUAUAACCUGAAAUUAGUUGGCAAUAUUUUACCUAUGCACGUAGCUGAACAUUUCUUAAAGACCGUCAAUAAGAAGGACGAAGAUUUAUAUUAUCAGGAUUGCGAGAACGUUUGCGUUAUGUUUGCUAGUAUAUCUAAUUUUUCAGAGUUCUAUAUUGAACUCGAGGGAAACAAUGAAGGCGUAGAAUGUCUACGACUACUAAAUGAGAUUAUUGCGGAUUACGACGAAAUCUUAUCAGAGACGAGAUUUAGAUGUAUCGAAAAGAUUAAGACGACUGGUUCAACUUAUAUGGUAGCGUCCGGUUUAACAGAGUCUACAAACUAUAAGGAUAUGAGUCACGUGGUCGCUGUAACAGAAUAUGCUUUUGCUAUCAAACGCCAAUUAGAAUAUGUCAACGAACAUUCGUUCAAUAAUUUUAUGAUGAAAAUAGGUAUCAACGUUGGUCCUUGCGUUGCAGGAGUCAUAGGAGCGAGAAAGCCUCAAUACGACAUAUGGGGAAAUGCAGUGAACGUAGCAAGUCGGAUGGAUUCGACCGGAAAAGCCGAUAGAAUACAAGUAACGCCCGAGGUCUAUGAUGUAUUAUCCUCGCACGGCUACGUUCUGGAAUGUAGAGGAUUAAUCAAAGUAAAGGGAAAAGGUGAAAUGUUGACCUAUUUCGUUCUUGGUAAAACCUAA